AGCGCGCCCACCAGUGCGACUGCGAACGGCGCGUCACACCAUCGCUUCGGUUCACAGCUCGCGGUGGCGCAAAAGGGGACCGCAGGAAGCACGUUUGAGGGCAUUCGGGACGUUUGGGGACUCUCGGAGGAUCAGCUCAGGCAGCGAGGUGCGCGCCAUGGCCUCCAAAGAGACCACAGCGCCGGGCUUUGCCAGUGUCAGCAGGGAAUUGACAGAGAGCAUCAGGAAGGUGCUGGACAAACAGGCCAUUAAAUUUGUGAGAGCUACCAAACUGGACACCAAGAAUGGGAAAUCGGAAGACAGGAUUCUGGUCCUGGCAACAUGGAGACUGUAUCUCUUGGCUGUCAAAGUGCCUACAAAGGUGGAGGUCACGUUCAACUUCUUGGAAAUCCGUGCAAUGAACACUUAUCCAGAGCAUCAGGUUCUAAUCGACACAGACAAGACGACUUAUUCGCUGAGAUUGGAAACCCAGGACCAGUUGGAUCACAUGGUCAGUCACAUCAACUACGCCCUCUCCCGAGUCUUCAACAACUCCAUUUAUGCUCCUCCCAUUUGUCGAGCGGAAGGGGACACGACUGAUGGAAUUCAGCAGUAUUCACCGAUUUCAGAGUCAUCGCUCGACCCCCAGAAAACCUGCGGAGGUUUUUCAGAGACGUACGCGGCUCUUUGUGACUACAAUGGAAUUGGCUGCAAAGAGGAGGUGCAAUGGGAUGUUGAUACCAUCUACCACUCUCAGGAUAACCGGGAGUUAAACUUGCUGGAUUUUAGUCAUCUUGAGAGCAGGGACCUGGCUGUGAUUGUGGCGUCCGUUGCGUACAACACGUGGUUCACCAAGCUGUACUGCAAAGACAUGCGCAUUGGCUCAGAAGUGGUGGACCAGGUCCUUCAUACAGUCAGCAAGUCCAACAGCCUGGAAGAACUCACUCUGGAAAACGCCGGGCUAAAAUCGGAUUUUCCCCAGAAAAUGGCAACAGCACUGUCAGAGAACCCAGGCUCCAUGAUUCACUCUCUCAACCUGGCUCACAACACGCUUGACAACCAAGGAGUUUCCAAUCUGAUUCAACAAGUGUGUCGUCUCAACAAGGGCCUCCGUCUCCUCAAUCUUUCCAAGACGUCGCUUUCUUCCAAAGGCGUCGUGUCUCUGUCCCAGGCAUUGUGUUCCAGCGAUGACUACUCCAAUUCUUUGUUGCACCUGGACCUCAGUAAAAACCCAGGAGUUCUGUCUGGAGAGGAUGCCACGAAUCUGUACCUCUUCCUUGCCCAGCCCAACUGUCUUGUCCAUUUGGACCUGUCUGGGACGGACUGCACAGUGGACUCGGUUUGUAACUCUGACCUGACAUAUUCUGUCUUCUCUCAUUUUGAUUCAGCACAAAAAAAACAGACUGGGGGUGGCGUGCAGAAUCUAAAUGAGUCACUUACUAAAAUGUAGCCUUUUCAGAACUUGUGUGCGUCAUGCAUUGAGUGAUGAUGAACAGAGAGCACCCCAAAAAUUAGUCUCUUUUUUUUUUUCCCGCAACUUUGUCACCUAAGACAGAGCGAGAGACCAUUGCUUGUGUCUAAUGUUGAAAUGUAGCAUCUCUGCCACAGAGCCACGACCAAGACAAUUUCAUGUCUUGCUGCAUUAGCACAAACUCUAACGAGUAAAAUGAUGACAAAGCCGAUUGAGUUCAGUGUGAGUUUAGAUGUGCGUCUGCCUCUGCUGCCUACCUCAGAGAUGGACUGCAAGGUUGAUUGCACUGCACUCGGGCCGUUUUAGUGGGCAUCUUAGUGGUGUGGAUGUCGGCGAUCGUGAUAAGAGCUGACUGGGCAGGAGGCCGCAUGUGUGGUUUAUGGCCACUGUGCCGCUUCCCUUGCCAUCUAACUGACAUAUCGCGCUGAAGUAAUGAAAGAUAGAGAUUCACCAAAUAAAAUUUAGCCUCAACGCUGCGAUAUCAGUCCGAUCCAUAGCGAUGAGCUGAUAUAUCAGUGGAGUGGGUGCUUACUCUCACUGGCCAUAACAUUAGCCACAACUGCGCAAUAUUGUAAGCGCUUAAUACAAGUAGUGCAUCAAAAUCUUCGCCUUUAACAGAUAAUGAUGCCAAGUCUUGACUGAAACUUGCCGAAUGGUUUUUAUUGAACAAUAUGUUGAGUUUU